GGCUGUUUUAUAUUGCUGUUACCGGCAACAGCUUUGCUGAUUGCAAUAGCCGCUCUGACGACUAUGGCUAAUGUUAAAAAAAUGAAGGUAACUGUCCAUCUACAGCAGUGGUUCCCAACCUUUCCGGCCGCGGGCCCCUCUAGGGAAGUGAAUAACACCUUCAACUUGUCAGACAUAUCUAAGCCCCCCCCCUCCCUACCCAAAAGAAAUUUGUUUAAAAAAAUAAAGGACACCGUGAGUCAAAACGGUUGGGAACCACUGGUCUAUAAGCGUAGAAUAGCAAUUUUCGUAUGUAUAAUAUAUAAAUUUUAAAUAUAUGCUUUACUAAGAUAAGGCAUUAAAUUUUGGAGAUGUCUUGUAGUGAUGGUUCCAUGAAAAAUUUGUGAAAGGGCGCUUUAGUUGAAAACAUUCGAUUAAAUGAAAUGAACCACAUUAUUUAAAAUUUAAAUAAAAUAUUAAUGUAUCCUUUCUGUAGUCUGAUAUCAUUGUAAUGUUUCCUGUUUGUAUUGUCAGAAUGGAAAUGGCCUGAGCGGAUAUCACGUGCCAUGGAUGUUGAGGAGUUUUUUGGGAAUCUCAUCGUGUGAAACUGGUUUAGUUUUCUACAAUUGCAUUGAUUGUCUGUCCAAUUUUCACAUGCGUGCAUUAGUAGUGUUUGGCGCACAGCUGCCUUGUAAGCUUUUAUUUCGGUUAAGGUGCUCAUGCACGUCCUUGUCCAGACACUUUUACUUAUUGUUCCGAACACAUCGGAUGGCUAAUUUAUCAACUUCCCGUCAACCCAUCGCGUUGAAACUUGGCACAUAGACUCGUUGCCGAUGACAACACAUACUAUGAAAUUUUCAGCGACACCCCCUAACCCUCAAAAAUCAGUUUUUCCCGUUUUUUCACGGGAGAGAUCGAUGAAAUAUGAUGACACUGAUCUCACGAAAUAAAAUUCCCGAUAAUUGCGCUAAAUGAGAUUCUUUAAAAAAAAAAUUGCAGUUGCGGUCGGUGUGUAAUAUUUUCUUUUGUUUUUUCUGAAAUAGUUGGUGGAUUAAAUCUGCAAAUCUGACCCGGUGGGUCAUUAAAAUAUUAAUAUAGUUAAGGGGCGUGAAAAAAAUGUGCAGUUGCGAUCCGUGAGGAGGGAGCACUAAUUGGGAUUGUUAUAAGGUGCGUUACUUGUAUGCAUGGUUUUUUUAAAUUUUCAGCCUCAACCCUACCCAUUCCUUGAUAUUACAUUUUAUAAAGGCUUUAUAUCUAUGUUUUUAGAGGUUGUUUAAUUUUCAUGUAAAAAAAUAAAUAUCUUAUAAUCUACAGGUAAACAAUGCGUUUGCUGCUAUUUCGACAUUUAACAAACAUUCAGAGAUAUCAAAUGAUAUUAAACAGUUAAAUGGCGCUUGUGGGAUGACACGCCAGACAAAUGACAAUCAGAUUUCAAAGCUCACUGUAGCGGUAAAUAACUAUGAGAUUUGAUGCAGGAUUUGAAACGCAUUUAAAAAAAAAAAUAGUAACGUGUGUAUAGAUCAUGGUUGCCAACUGUUCUUCGCGAAACGAACAGAAACGAACCUAAAAAUCUUUCCCGAAAAAGUGCACAGAACUCCAUCAUCAUCAUCAUGACCCUUAGUCCUUGGACCGUUGGGGCGCCACAGAUGACGUGUGAACUAUCCUCCUCCAUUCGUCUCUGUCUUCUGCACUGCGCACAGCAUCGCCCAGUGUUAAUCCUGCCCACUCUUUGAUGUUAUCCUCCCAUCCAACGUUUCCAUAAUAGUCCGUAAUAAUUUGGCAUGUCAGUCAAAUUUGAGACAAUGUAUAAAAAUCGAUUGAACUAUAGAACACGGAAAAUGUCCUAAUUUGUGAUUCCAUUGUGCCGGCUUUAAACUCGUAUCAUCAUGAUAAAGGGGACAUCUAACACUGAAAAUAAUGCCAUACACAGAAACUAACGCUUCAGAGAUGUCCAAAUGUCAAGGUCAUGUGACAAAGAAUCACACUUACAGGCAUAGAAAAAUAAAAAUUUGAUACAAAGUCUUACGAUAAUUAAUUUAAAUAUGUUUUUUUGUAGAAUCUUUAAUUUAUUCUAAAAAUAUGUCGGAAUAUAAUCUAGUCCUUAAAAAUUAAGGACAUUUAGAUUUUUUUUUCGUAAAUUCUAGGAUUUGUUUUGAGUUGGCACGCCUGAUAUAUAAUAUAUAUUAAACAGAAAAUGAGUGUUAAGGUUUUAAAAUUAUUCUUUGCUAUUACCUGUUUUAUAAAUAAUAAAUUGUCACUUGGUUUAGUUUUACAAAAAUGACAAAUAACGAUUGGAGCUGUAAAUCGGGGUGUCGCGACGUGCGGCACGCGUGCGACACUUGGCACGAAUAGCGAUAUGCACUGACUCACGGAAGACCAAAACAUAAAUAUAAAAGUCUAAAAAAUACCAAUACUAUAGCUUGAUUUGUGUUUUUUAAGUCACUCUUGCAAACAUUAUAAGAACCUAAAUUUAACUAUUAUUUCUAUUGCAGAUGCUACAAAAACAAGAAAAGCAACGAUGUAAUUAAAUUUCUUUUCAAAUGUAUCAACUACUGUGAUUGUAUACAAUUUUUUAUGCAAAUAUAAUAAAUUAAAUAUUUACUUAACUUGUAAAAAAUAAAUAUUUCUAAAAAUUGCAAAAAAAAAAAACAAUUUUACCCGUAUUCAAAACAAUUAUUGCUAAAAAUUUCUUUUAUACAAAAAUGAACAACAUUAAAAUUGUAAUGCAUGUGUAACAACUGAAAUAUUUUUUUAAAUAUCUGUUAUUAUUUCUAUUUUUAUUUUAAAAAAAAAUAUUUUUAUAUAUUAAGUUUUUAAAAUACUUUUUACUUUUUGAUAUUUUUUAAAUAUUCUUUUAUUUUUGACAUAUAUAUAUAUCAAAUAGCUACGACAAGUUCAAGGGGUUCACAACAUAAAUCAUUUGUGCAUUCACCUGUCAGUGUUCACAAAUUCUUGCAAGCACCAGAAGAAAAUGCAAACGAAGGUAAAUUUCAUCAAUACGGUAAUUAGUGUAUGCAAAUUUAUGGCACUUUGUGAAAACUCGUCACAAACGAUAUUGUUGUUGAGGUAGUUUGUGAAAAACCUCUCCGCGCUUUCAUUUUGAUUCGGCUGUGAGGGCGUUGAGACAGACAUUAGACCCAUGACAUACAUUAAACAAUAAACUCCUACGCUAAGCCAACUUAUUAAAAAUACAUAUUGCAAUUCAUCUUUAAAACUGUAUCUGAUUAUACUAGUGGCUUCCCUUAUUAUGAUGAUAUUGAUGAUUGAAUACUUUUAUGGCGCUCUUGUCAAUGCUAUUUUAGCUUUCCUACAGAGCUCUGAUGUCCAAUAAUCUUUUUAAAAAAAAUGUUUUAAAAUGUUUCUGAAAUGAUUUAUUAUCAUUUUCAAUUCCCUCAAAAAUUGAGGCAAACUGUACCACAAUUUGGGUGGAAUAUCUAACACUAUACUCAGUUCAACUGCGGAUGUUCACCUCCUUCUACCCUCUUAUUUUUAAAAUAUGGCAUUCCUUUUAAUAACUUCUAUUUAAUUGUUUCAUCAUGCUAUUAUGUACCAAUACUUCAUGACAUAAAUUUAUUUGAUACAUAUUAAUUAGUUUCAAAACAUUUCAAAGUCAUAGAUUCUUUUACAAACCUUUAGUUAGUUCUAAAAAUUCUUCACUACUCUUUGAUGUAAGAAUUCCCUUUAAAAUAAUAAUGAUAAUAAUAAUAUACUUUUAAUGAUCUCCAUUGGCUUACUGUUCUGUAACGCAUUAACCACAAAAUUCUGUCCCUGUCGUAGAGCUCCAUGGAAGGCUCUUCGCCUGAUUAUCUAAAAGAUUUAUUUCCAAACAUUUAUACUUUAACACGAUGAGCUCUUCACAUACGUUCCUACUGGGAGUUCCCAGUGUGGAUGGACACAAAAUGAAAUCAUUCGAAGCGCGCUCUUUUGAAGCAAUUGCGUCUAAAUUAUGAAUCCUUUUUUUUGUCCCUUGGAAACGAUAAAUUAAUAAUUUAAGAGACAUUUAAAGACAGUUUUCCUUAAAUAGACUUUAGGAUAUCAGAUUGCUUUGAGCAUUCCGGAGUAGCACGGAGACAAGUGCUAUACAUGAAAUCAAUCAUCAUCAUCAUCAUGUAAAAUAAUGUCUGUACCUCUAAACUGUCUUUUGCAGCGCUUGUCCAUAAAUCUGAGGUCAGAGUUAAGCAACAUUUCCAUAUCUGAACUGGAGUAGAUAAAAUAUUAUUAUGAUGAUUACAAACUUCGAGAUAGAUUUGUCCGUAAUGUGUUUAUCUUGAUUAAUUUCAUCCAGGCCCGAGGUCCAGAUACCUCAACCAUGAAGUCGCUAAAUUUAAUUCAACUCUCGUCUCCUAUCCGUAUGAACACGUAAGAGGUUUAGAUGUCGGUCACAACGGAAUCGUAUUGAAAUUCACAGGUAAAAAUGGAAAUGUUUAAUUUAUUUGUAGAGAUCAUGUUUGGUAUAGAUCUCCUACUAACUUUAUUGGGAAAAUUAAAAGGAUGUUGUGUGUAUGUGUGUGUGUGUGUGUGAGUUGUAUAUUUAAAUACAAAAAAACGGCGAGGUAUUUAAUAACUGGUGUGGUCAACGCAUAAUAGAUGGAACAUAGUGCAUGUUCCAUAAUAAUAAUAAUUCCAGAUGCACGGAAUCGGAAGGUUCUUUUGCCCAAAUGGACCAUGUACCAUGAUACUAUUUUUUAAAGUGUCAUAAAGCCCAGGAUUUGUGUCCCUUAUCUGAAAUUUCAGCACAAAAUAUCUGUCAAUUAUUGCAACAUCUCUGGGUUUAUCAUCACUGCCAAGUAAUUUGAGGAGGGGACAAUGUGGUAGACCUCGUUUUUGAAACUCAAUGACGUAAGCAUGUGCCAUUUUUGUGCGUGCAUUUUGUGCGUACGGGAUCAAGCGCACGCCAGCGGAUCGCAGCGAAUGGGAUCGCAUCAUUUUGCGCAAUUUGAGCGCGGCGUACAAAAUCCACUCGGGAAUUAUAUCAUAAGAUAGUUAUGCAGAAAACUAGGUUGAACAAGUAAGAUGCAAAGAUAUGAAAGGAGUUCAGAGUUGAAGUUUUUUUAUUAUUGUAAAUACAAUAUUUAAAAGGUCUAGUCUGAAAAUUGUUUUUUCUACGCAUAGCGGAAAAGAAUUAUCUUGGAUAAAAGGUCGACCUUAUUUUGAUAAAUUAAAAAAAAUGUUUUUCUAUUAAAUAAUUUACUAAUUUCAUUCUCUCGUGCGGAGAUACUGAUCUUCAAACCUAUUUAGCCAUUUUAACUUUUAACCAUUUACCCAUUGAACCAUUUACCCAUUCAACCGUGUAACAAUUUAAUCGUUUACGCAUUUAACCAUUUAAUUACUUAAUCAUUUACACAUUCUGUGACGCCAAACACAAGUUGACACAGAAAACAAUAUGAAAUCAGAUGUAACCUCUUAUUUUUUGUUACUAUCAUCUAACAGGACUCUAUUACAUCUACAGUAGUAUUCACUCAAAGCCAAGCAAUGCAUGUCAAUCAAUGGAGCUGUCUCGAAAGGUAGGAAGUACAUUUUGCGACUUCAGUUAAGCUUUGUACGGGAUUUCAAAUUCAUUUAUUAAAUACUACAAAAAUGAACAUUCCAAAAUUAAUUAGCAAAAUUCUAGGGAAAAAAAAGUUAUUUUAAAAUUAAAAAUUUCAUUAAUUACAAUUUAAGAUCACGUGACAGGACAAAUAUGUGUGAAAUUAAAAGUAAUUAUUUAUUUAUAUUUUGAGUUUUGGGGGUGGGGGUAUACAGUUAUUCUAGAUAAUAAAUACGAUUAAAUGACUAUUUUCUCUUCCUGCAGACAAACUUCCAUUACGUGCAUCGCAUAAGCCCGAACAACCCCAUGUACACGGGGAUGCUUCUUCGGUCGGUGUACACCUGUUCCGAUAAUGAUGGACUCAGUGGUGAUACUUUAUUUACAGGUAUGUGAUGUUUCCAGGAAUUCUGUACACUUCUUUUAUACUCUCUAAACCAGGGGUCGGCGAACUUCGCAAGCGUUAUCCCAAAAUAUUUUUUUGUUUACCUAGGCUUUACAACCGAUUUGUAAAGAAAAAAAUUACAGACUUUGUGGUUUAUUCAAUCCAUUUAUAAGGAGAAUAAAAUUAUAUAUAUAAGACGUAACAAAUAAAUUCGAUUAAAUAAUUAAUAAAAAUCCACAUUGUGGAACAAAAUUAUGUAUUAAAAAAAUGUUAACUUUUAAAUUCAGUUGAAAUGAUGUUUCAAUUUGAAACCAAGACAUCAAAAUUGUGUUAUUUUUAUCAGAGAAGUCUUAAUACUGUCUCUAGGGUGCACUAAUUGAUUUCUAUUAUUUGUAACAAUAUUGAUCGGAAUAAAACUCUCCGCGUUACUCAAUUAAAGCAGCAACUUUUUUUAUUGCCUCCUGGCCAGCUAUUAUAAAAACAGUUGAAUCUUUUGAUUUUAUGCGCAUAAUCAUAAUGGACAUUAAGGGAUAUGAACCACCAUAACAUGUUGGCAUAAAAGCAUGGUGACAAAAUAGCAUGUUGCCAUAAGAGCAGUGUGACACAAAAGCAUGUUACCAUAUGAGAAGGGAGAUACCAUAUCAUGUUGCCAUAAGAGCAUGGUGAAACACCAGCAUGUUGCCAUAAGAGCAGGGAGACACCAAAACAAGUUGCGAAAAAAGCAGUGUGACAGAAAGCAUAUUCCCAUGAGAGCAGGGAGACACCAUAACAUGUUGCUAUAAGAGGAGGGAGACACCAUAGCAUGUUUCCAUAAGAGCAGGGAGACACCAUUAGCAAAUUGCCAUAAGAGCAGGGUGAAACACCAGCAAGUUGCCAUAAGAGCAGUGUGACUACAGGGCAGGCCUACUCGGUCCAGGUCCAUUCGAGAAUUCUGAAUGGGGGGACGUCAUAAGUUAACCUCCUUGAAUGACACCAACUUUAGUGACGCCACUGAGUAUAAUAUACAAUAGGAAACAUGGCGUAUACAACGCGAGAGUUGAGUCUAUGCUGGCUAUCCAGCUACUUGUAUACUUGUAACCAAUGUUCCCUCUAAGGUUUGCUGCUUCAUGUGCAAAAUCGUACAGUUGUGUGCAAAGUUUUACAGCAUCAAUUUUUUUUGUGUGCAAAAUUUUAAAGCCCACUAACAUUUACAUGGAAAUUUGCUGCGCUGAUACUCAAAACUGCUGCGCAGCGUCUUUGUGAUGGCUGCGCGGCCACGCAGCUUAAAGGGAACAUUAGUUUUAACCACAACAUGCCAGUUGCGUUUCUAAAUUACACUGGCGAGAUUCAUAGAUGCAAGAAGAGACAAUAAUUUCGUUAAAAAAUAAAGAUAAAAAAAACCUCUCUUUAAAUAUUAUUUUAUUUUGUCUAUUGACACCUCAUGACCCCCAGAUUUCUAUUUUCACCCUACUUGGAGUAAUGCACACCUGUUAGCCGACCACUGGUCUCAACUAUAUGUUUGUUAUGCUUUCCAGUAAUAUGUUUAUUUUAAUUUCAUCAGCUACUUACAUUUUUUUGUCAAAUUGCUGUUCUCAUUGAUCAAAAUAAAAUAAAAAUUAAAGUUUUCGGCAUAGUAUAACUAUUUAAUUGGACACGUUGUGUUAAUGUAAGUCAGUUGAUGAGACCGAUGCAGUAAUGAAGCAACACUGAGGUUUCAAUGAAGAGUGUACGCCAAACGAGAAGACCAGCUAUUCGCACCACUAACGAUGAAGCACAUUGACUAAUAGAGACGGACCGAAUUUCGGCUUCUGUUUUGGCUGAAAGUCUCGUUAAACUUUUGGUUUUAAGCUUCGGUUUCAGCCGAAAGUCAUUUUUAACUCUCGGUCUGAUUUUGGUUUCGGUUUCGGGAGAAAUCAGAAAAAUCACUUUCGGUCGGUCUCUAUUGACCAUUGCCAGGACUCCGAUGGACUUAUAAGACACGAGAUGCGUCAUGAUCAAACAGUUCUUUUUUAACCUUUAGGAUAUGGACCUCAAAAACAACAGGAUAUUCGACAAGAAGAAAACUGACCUACACUAUGUAACAAACAAAAAAUUGUAGCAUUUUGAAAAUAAUUGAACGAAUUAAAUUAAUAUAUUUCCUAGAUUAAUGAAUAUUCUUGUGAGAUAACAUUAGAGUUAUUCAUUUGCGUUGUGGGGGAUUUCAGGGAUUAAAAGUAUAUAUGUGAAUAUAUAUAUAUAUACAUACAUAUAUAUAUAUGGUUUAAAUUAAAUAAAUGAUUAAUUCAUCCCAUAUUUGUUAAUUUUUCAGGUGGGAUUUUCUAUUUAAAUGAAGGGGAUGUCAUUCAAGUUUGCUUCUCUGAUUCUCAAACUGUGGAUUUCGAUUACUCCUCAUACUUUGGUCUAUUUAUGUUGGAUGCGAAUUAAUUUUAUGCAACUGGGAAAAAACAAAAAGAAACAGCUGCUCAAAUUUGUAUUAGACACAUUAUCCUCACUAUCAUGAAGCCGAUGAAAACAGAUAAGUAAACUUUAAAAUUAUAAACCAGACUUUUGAAAAAGUAAAUCAAUUCUAAUACCAAGGAACUUUAUUAAAUUAAAAAGAAAGGAAUUAAUAAAGACAGAGAUAAAAGAAAGAUUAACAGCCGGAAACAUGUCAUACUGCAAUUGUCAGAAAUGACUCAAAAUUAAAAACAUUACAAGAAAAACCCAGAAAAAUAUUUAUAGAAUUGUAAUCAGACCAUUUGUAACUUACGCAAGUGAUACUUGGACCCAAAGAAAAACGUUAGAUAACCUAUUGUUAAGUGUAUGAGAAUCACUGUUGUUAUGUUUGGUAUGGAAAAUAUGUUUAGUGUGGAAAUUAUAUGUUAGCUGUAUCUAAUGUCUGAGAUAUUUGUGACGUAUUUGGGUAUGCGCAAAUGACGUGUCAGUUUUUUUGUUUUGUUGUUGUAGUGGUGGAUUGAUGGCCGUUGUCAAGAUAUACACGGUUUAACUUGUGUUUUGCUGAGUGUUAUGCUGGAACGUCUUGACAAUUUUUAAUAACUUAUAUAAAAAAGGCUGAUGUCUGCAUUCGUGCUAUCACGCAUGGACUACUGCAAUGCUCUCAUGGUGGGUUUUCCGGCUACGCUUCUGGAUAGAAUUCAAAAAGAACAGACUAAUGUGUCUCGCUAAUGCUAAAACACUUCUGAGAGAGCUGCAUUUGCUGCUAGUCCGUGCUCGAAUAGAGUACAAAACUGCAAUUUUGUGCUACCGCCGUUUCUCAAAAGGGCUCAUGACACCUUAUGUACCCAUUAGAUCACUCCGUUAAUCCAAAAGUGGCAAACUCUGGAUGCAGUGAGUCCACCUUGAGACAUAUGGAAGGCGCACUUUCGAUUUUGCUGGAUCAAGAAUCUGGAGCGGCCUUCCUGUCGCUCUCAGAAACAACCAGACACUGCAGUCUUUCAAGGCUGAGUUGAAAACAUAUCUUUUUCGCACUCACUUGCUGGUGUGAUGUCAUCUACCUCCUGUUUUCCAAAGGAACUUUCUAAUAUUCUUCGAUGUAAAUUAGCUCGUACUGUUCAUUGGCUUGGAUGUAAAUUUUGUAUAUUUGCAUUUUGUGUUUGAUUGCGUUUGGAGCCUUAAUUAGGGAUGCAGCGUGUUAAAUGAACUUUAAUAUUAUUUUUAUUAUUAACAUACAACAGCAAUAGUUUAAGAAAUUGUUGAAUUGUCAAGAUUAUCAACUUAUAGUGUGCGACAAACCAAUUAGUGUUUAGUGUAUGGGUAUCAGGUGCUAUUAAUUGGACUAGUCCGUGUGACGAGGCGAGAGAUAAUAAUAUCCAACAAGUAAAUAUCUGACUUCAAAGUUUAGAUGAGCCCAAGACAGUAAUAAGGAUCUACAUUUCGACACCUAUUAUUCACAUGGGGGAAUUGUUAUAUUGAAAAUAUAUGGACUAAAAAAAGGAUGAAUAUUAAUGGAGAGAGUACGGACCAACCAAGGAUUGUCUAGUCUAUAUCAGGAGGCCACACUAAUAAAACUAUUACUCUUUUUGGGUGGGCAUCCAAAGUCAGUGUAAAAUUUAAAAAAAACAACAACCAAAAAACAGCCUUCAGUCAUACUGAUCAUUUAUUAGGUUCCAGUUAAAUAAUUUGUAUGGCAUAUAUCUUUAAUUUAGUGUUUUAUUUUAAUUUUUUUAUGUUAUGUAU